UUGCACAACAACAGCAGCUGCUGCGCAAGCGAAUAGGCCAACCCCCAGCUUCCCCACCUAGAGGGAUCGUGCCGGAGGUGUGGUGAGAGGUGGACCUCUCUCCUGCCGCUUGCUUCGUUUCGCGAAACACCUUGCUGAUGCUGCUGAAGUGAUCGUGCCCUAGACGUUUUUUCGCUCGGGAGGUCUCGAGAUGGCGGCGCCCUCGAGCACCGCUACUCCUGCUCCUGCCGCUGCGGCCACGGGGCCUAGCCCAAGCAAAGCCAUCGUUGACGCCUUGGUCUAUGUCCAAGAGGUCGUGGCAGGAGCGGCCAUGUUGCUGCAAGAAAUGCCUGCCGAGGUUGUGCCCAUCUUGGGAACGGUGUGCAAGACGUUCCUGGCGUUCGAGCAGCUCGCGGAAACAGCCAAGAGCAAUAGGGAAGCGCUCUCCAUGCUUCAAGAUCUGUGCAAAUCGGUGGUGAACGGAGUCUUGGAUUCACGGAAGGAGCGCCCGAGCAUUCUGAAAGAGGGGUUUGCGCAGCUGCAGGAGCAAGUGGACAAAGCGGUGGAGGUCGCCAAGCUGUGCAACGGGUCUUGCAUGCGACGGCUGCUGUGGGCCCGCAAGAUCCGCAACGACAUCGCGGGGAUUAGGGCAGACGUCCUGGCAUAUUGCGCAGUGAUUAACCUCGUCCUUGCCGAUGACAUUCAUGCAAAUCUUGCCGAUACACAGGCGGCAGUCGCCAAUACACAGGCGACGGUCGCUGAUACACAGGCGACCGUCGCCGAUACUCAGGCGACAGUCGCUGAUACACACGCGACAGUCGCUGAUACACACGCGACAGUCGCCGAUACACAGGCGAAAGUCGAGCAGAUAGCCACCGAUUUGGACGACAAGCUUGAGGAGAUGACGCGACUCGCGAAGACACAGGCAGGCUAUGAAGCAAUGCAGACGGAGAUGGAGGCGUUAAAGGACGAAUUGGAGGCCAUGGGCAAGAAGGUCGAGAGCAACGACAAGCUCGAGGCGGAGCGCGAGAAGAAGGAGCUUUUGGGCGCCAUGGAAAGGGCCAUGGAAAGGGCACUCGAGGCGAGAGUCCAGGGGGUAGAGCAGCUGAAGGACGCCCAGAAUACCCUAGGGGCGAUGGAGGAGGGGGUGGCAUCGGAGAGAAAGGCGCCGGAAGACAGGAACAAGGAGCCCGAGACCAAGCAUCAAAUUUCGCAGGAUCUCGAUGACAUUCUACAGACGGCCCUGGAGGAGGUGGAGAUUACCAUGGCGAACGCGAGGGACGCGACGUCAGGGAUGCUUGGCGUCCCGGCGGCCGUGAGCGAGAAAUACUUGGCCCCGCUUGUGUCGGCGGCCAAGGAGGCCCGUUUGGCCGGCAGCACCUCUCCUAAGGCGCAAGAACUCCUGGCGGCUGUGGACGAAGACCAGAUCGGCGCACACGCCGUGGGAGCCAAGGAUCGCGUAGUCGCCGCUGUCGAGACAACGCUCGCGGAUAUCAACGACGCCGCCGCCAACAUUUCUUUGCGUUAG